AUGGCGUCGAUUGGUAAGACGAAUAAUGAAUCGGAAGCGGAUGAUGCUAAUAACACAGCCAAAAUUUUAUCAACAUCUGAUCCAACGAUGUUGAAGGAAGAGCCGGCGGAUAGCGAGUUGGGGGGAUCGAUACCGGUUGCAAUGGUGCCCGUGUCAAUGUCUCAGAAACAAAUGACGGUGGCGCCGCCCCGGAGGAGUUCUAAAGACCGUCAUACGAAGGUGGAGGGACGCGGUCGACGAAUCCGCAUGCCGGCUGCUUGUGCUGCGAGAAUCUUCCAAUUAACUCGGGAACUCGGUCACAAGUCAGACGGAGAGACGAUUCGGUGGUUGUUGGAGCACGCAGAGCCGGCUAUCAUUAAAGCCACCGGCACCGGGACGGUGCCGGCGCUCGCUGUUAAUGUCAACGGGACAUUAAAAAUCCCGACGACGCCAAGCGAAGAAGGAGGUGACGUGAAAAGACGAAAAAGGGCUUGUAACAGCGAGUUUUAUGAUUUGAAUGUUGCCGCAACUUCCAAUUUUGCCCCCAUAGCGCCGAUUGCCCCACGAGCGCUCGUGCCGUUGUGGACCAUGUGUGCACCACCGACCACCGGCGGGACUUUCUUCAUGAUUCCACCGUGUGGGGCCACCGGGGCAACCACAUUCCAUCAGUCCCAGUUGUGGGCCAUACCCACCGGGGUAACACCUGUUUUCAAUGUCCCAUCAAGACCCAUGACUAAUUAUUUGCCGGAAAUGAAACCGGUGGUGGGUAUCAGUAGUGGUGAAGUUCAGACGCCGGCGGUGAGUUCAAGUUCGAUUUCAAUUUCAACGAGGAGAACUGCGGAGGUUGUUAGGGAUCUGUCAUUGGAGCUUGGUGAUAGAAGAGAGCUUCAAUUCAUGGAAGGCUGUUCAAAAGAUCAAACGCCGCCUGCAAGUUAA